UGCUGUAGAAAGAGUGGAGUAAAAUGAAAAAAUUAAUAAGAAAUUAGAUUAAUUAAGUUUUCAAAGUGAUUGAAAAAUGAAGGUAGAUAAUUUAUUGGUCAUAAUUAGUUGCAUUUGACCGCAAGUAUUGAAAAAAACUGUCCCUGUUCGUGCAAUUUGGGUUAUCUUCUAGCUGUUGUCUAUUCAUUUCUCUGUUUUGUUGUUAGUUUCUUCUUUACAAUUGGUUUAAUUGUGUCUAUUGGCCUCCAGUUUUGCUUUUAUCCGGGUUAAUUUUGCCAGUGAUAUAAGGUUUACAACAUCAACUAUUCAUCAAGUUUGUUUAUGCUCAUAGUUUUUGUGAUUCGUUCAGGCCGAGAUUUAACUAUUCGUCAUCAUGCAAAUGUCAAUUAUUAAUGUUAAACUGAAUUCUAAACAAUGGUUGAAAGCGUUCACAACAUGUCGAAGGUUCUUCUCCGAUGAUUACAACUAUUUGGAAAAAAGUAGUUUAGCAACUAAUUUUUUUGAAAAAUCACUUCCAUCUCUUCCUAUACCGAAAUUGGAGGAAACUUGUCAACGUUAUCUUGAAGCACUUGAACCGUUGAUUGAAGAAAAAGAUAAAUAUGAAUCGACGGUCAAAUUGGUAAAUACAUUCAAAACUGGAAUUGGUCAAACUUUACACAAAGAAUUAGUUCACAAUGAUAAACUAAACCGACAUACAAGUUACAUAUCAGAACCCUGGUUCGAUAUGUAUCUGUCAGCACGAACUCCUUUACCAAUCAAUUAUAAUCCAUUUAUGGCAUGGAAACCCGAUCCAACUGAUGAGCAAAAUGAUCCCUUAAUCAGAGCAUCUAAUAUGAUAAUAAGUGCACUUAGAUUUAGACGUUCGUUGACCGAAAAUGUUUUAGCACCAGAAAUUUAUCACAUGAAUCCUAAAAAAAGUGAUACUGAUUGGUACCGUAAAGUGAUGAAAAUGUCUCCUUCACGAUAUUCAUGGUAUGCAUCGUUACUUUUCAAAGCAUUCCCUUUAGACAUGAGUCAGUAUCAAAGUUUGUUCGCCUCAACAAGGAUUCCUUGUAAAACUAAAGACAGACUUCAGAAAUAUCCUGAUUCAAAGCACAUUGUUUUGUUGAAAAAAGGUUGUUAUUACACUUUUCAAGUUUUAGAUGAUUCCGGAAAUCUGAAAAGUCCAGAGGAAAUUUAUUCUGCUAUAAACUAUGUUUGGAACGUGCCUGAUGAUUAUGAUAAACAUAGCAUUGGAAUAUUAACAACUUUGGAACGUGAUAGAUGGGCUGGUUGCAGAGAAAUGAUCAAUAAGAAUCCUGUUGAUGCUGAAAAUCUGAAUCUGAUCGAUUCAGCGCUAUUCGUUGUUUGCUUAGAUGAUGAUAUUAAUACGAUGAAUGAUAAAGAUCCUCUAAUUGAAGCAUCUCACAAUUUUCUCCAUGGUAAUGCUAGAAGCUCUGUUGAACGUAGACCAAUUAAUAGAUGGUUUGAUAAAUCAUUUUCAUUAAUAUUCACUCAAGAUAAACAAUGCUCAAUCAAUUUUGAGCACAGUUGGGGCGAUGGUGUUGCUGUUUUACGUUUAUUUAAUGAUGUCUACACUGAUUCAUCUAAAAAUAAAUUUGUUAAUCCUUCAACAAAACUUCAACCUAACGUCCAGAGUCAAGUAAAAAAGCUGAAUUUCGUUUUAGAUAAUCAUAUAAAAUCAGAAAUCGAUGCUGCUCGUGAUACUUAUAAUUCAAUAACAUCAAAUCUUGAUCUAAAUUAUUGUAUUUACUCUCGUAUGAGUCGCAAUUACUUCAAAAAGAACAAGCUAAGUCCAGACUCAAUGUUCCAGUUGGCCUUUCAAAUGGCUUACUAUAAAAUAUCUGAUGGAAAGACUCCAACAACAUAUGAAGCUGCCUCAACUGCCGGUUUUAAACAUGGUCGGACUGAGACAGUUCGUUCAGCCACUAAUCAAACCAAGAAAGCUUGUAAAUUAAUCCAUUCCUCGACUACUAAACAUUCAAAUGAUGAACUUAUCCAAGCGCUGACCGAUUGCUCUAAAAAACACUCCGAGCUCAACAAAAAUGCUGCUAUGGGAAAAGGUUUCGAUCGUCAUUUAUUCGCUCUCAAAUAUUUAGCCAAUAAAAACAAAAUAUCAACUCCAGAAAUAUUCACCGAUCAAAAUUAUAUUCACGCUAAUCAUUUCACUUUAUCGACAUCAUCAUUAUAUGGUGAAUAUUUCGUUGGUGGAGGAUUUGGUCCAGUUGUUGAUGACGGCUAUGGUUUAGGCUACGGUUAUACUAAUCAAAAUUUAGGAGUUUUUUGCUCUUCAUACAAAGCUCACAGUAAAGGUGCUCAAUUAGUUGAAGCUAUAGUCGCUUCAUUAGAUCAAAUUGGUGAUAUUUUGGAAAAAUAAUGGUAACAGAAAUUUUUUAAGCUCGAAAAGCUGUAUAUUAAAAACUAUUAUAUUUUUAACCUUA